GUCCUUUACUCUCUCCUUUUCUUCCUUUUUUUUUCUACUUUUCCCCAUUAAUAGGGAAAAAAAUCUAAUGGUUUUUUUUGGGUGACACACAUGUAGUUGCUUAUCACAUAUUAAUUUUUAAAAAUGGAGAUGCAACAAGCAAUCCCAUGUGCUUUUGGAAUAUAUCCUCCACUCACCAGCGUUCUUGAGGAAAAAUGUAAGGUUGCAGAAAUCAUUUCAUGCCCUGUAUGUUUUCAAACAUAAAUCAGGAAAAUUGUUAGCGAGUUAUAGCUCUUCUUAGAGACUGUAGCUAUAGUGCUAUAGUAAACACAGGCUAUAUAUUUUUCCAAGUUAUUAUGUACGGAGGGAAAUCCAAAGUUGGCUGUUUAGAUGAACAGUUUAAUUCUGUUAUUAGAAAUUCAUUCUCUAUUUAGUAUGAACAUUUAUUUUCCUAAGGUUGCAGAAUUGGGACAUAAUGUCUGAUGAUCCUUUGGACCAAUUACCUUUAAAGUUAGCAAUUUACUCUUUAUAGCUAAUGGGUAAGAUGGUCUUCAGCUAAAGGUCAGUCAAGAGGGUGCAGAGUCUAUAAUAUGCUGGGGUUGCCUGCUCCAUCAGAAAACAAAAGGGGGCUGUUCUUUCUUCAUUCCUAGAAUGAAAGGAUUUGACUCAGUGGUCUCCGGCUUCCUUUGCUCCUGUGAUGGAGUGAAGUGAUUGAUUAAUAAUGAAUCACCCAAUUAAUCAUACUCCUAUUUAGCUCUAUUUUAUAAACUAUUUUAUUAAAGAUGGCCUUAUGCCAUGACUAGUGGUAUUAGGUUGGCAAGCUGUAGGUAAGCUCAGGGUCAUUGUUACGGAAUGAAGGUUUCAGGAAAUUUAGAGAGGCAGGUUUACACUAAAAUUUUCCCUUUGUAGAUCAAUCAUUAGGUAUUCAAAAUAUACUUUUUUUCCUCAUAGAAAACAAUCUUAAGUGCUGAUUACUUUCCCAGGCUAGCCCAUAAAAGCUUAUUGCUACUUAUUGGAGUGAAAUAUUACAUUAUCAGUGAUGAACAAAAUGUAAAGAAUAGUUCUAUUAUGAUACAAGUGAUAAAAUAACACGAAGUCAGUAAAAUGGAAUGAUAGUUUAUCAUUUAGUGAGACUCAGGAGGGUUGGUGUUUCAGAGAAUGCACAUUAACUAGAAGUUUAAACGAUAGAUGGAAACUCUUGCAGAGUAUCUAAAAGGGAUUUUUAACUCUAGGAAUUUUCAGACUGGUUGUAAACUGUAUGGUUUUCUUUCCCUUGAAAUAGUGAAACAUUAGUAUGACUUCUAAGUUUAUCACCUGGGAUCAAAUUUGGUUUUUGACACUGAAAUUCCUUGAAAAGUGAGAGUAAAAGCAAACAUAGAAAAAAUUACUCUCGGAAGCCACUGGCCAACAUGUGAAAGAAGAGGGGCUGGCAUUGUGACAUAGUGGGUAGAGCUGUGGCCUGCCACACAGGUAUCCUGUAUAGGUGCCAGGUUGUGUGCCAGCUACCCCACUUGUGAUCCAGCUCCCUGCUAAUGCCCUCAGAAAAGCAGCAGAAGAUGCCCAGGUGUUUGGGGCCCUGCUAUCCACACAGGAGACUCCUGACCCGGCCCUGGCAGCUGCAACCAUUAAGGGAGUGAAUAAGCAAGCAAUUUCUCUCUCUCUCUCUCUCUCUCUCUCUCUCAUAUUCCGGCUUUCAAAUUAAAAAAAAAUGUGAAAGAAAAUUUGGAGGGUGGUGUGUGUGUGAGAGAGACAGAAGAGACAGAGAGACAGAGAUAGGCAGAGACAUGGAGAGGGAAAGAGAGAGAGUAGUCCUGUUUGCACUUAACUGAGCGGUGGAGAAAUUAAUGUGUGUAAUUUUGCUGAAGGGAAGCUACAGUGUGUCUUGUGAAAAGCUUUGCAAUCAGAGUUUGAGUUCUCAUUUCAAAAUGUCUGCUAGGCUGCUGAGUGCCUCUACGAUUUUUAGAAGUUAUUUAAUUCUGCGAACUUUUUUCGUUUGUAAAAAUAUUAAUAAAUAAAAGCAUCUGCUUCUCAAGAUGGUUGGAGCAUUGAGUGCAACUCUUGGGUAUCAUGUUACUUUAUUUCUGGAGGAAACAGGCAUAGUAUGCAGCAGGACUGUUGAGUGUGGAUGUUCAGGAGCCCGAUCAUUCUGAAGCACCCACUGCCAGUACUUGGGGAGCAUAUUUACUUUCCUUAGGGAUGGCCCCAGUUGUCUAAACAAACAAGUGGAUGACACUGGAAGCAAAGGCAAUGUAUUAAGUAAUUGUUUUCUUUGCCUCAAACAUUGGCUGUCAUUUGCCUUUUUUUGCCAUGACAUUGCCAUUGAUAUUUAUCUAAAUUCCCUGAAAUGUUGUGAAGUCUGAAGAAAUCAUUGUUUGGAGCAAAUACCUACAAAUAAUGAUAUAAAAUCCAUUAAAAGGAGAUUUCCAAUGUAUAACAUCAAAACUAAUGAAUGCAAUUCAUCAACUGAAUUCCACAUUCUAGAUACUAUACAGAUCUCUUUUGAGGAUGUCUUAUGUAUGAUUUACUGUUAAAUGUCAAACCAAUUUCUCCAUCAGAAAUAGACUGCAUUUCAAACCAUAAAACAAAGCAGUGGGUCAAUCAUUAUUCAAGAAUUUUGGGCUGGUUGUAUGGUAUAGAGAGAUCGAUAGCAGAUCUAAAACAUAUCUGCUUAGCGUCGACCUGAGAUUGAUGUAUGCUCUGCUCUACUGAAUGAACUACACUUUGUGAUCUGUUAAACCUAGAACCUGGAGUGAAUCUAGAAGUUAAAGAGGUAUCUUGGCAUCAAGUUUGAAUUUAAAAGUAAACGUUGAAUCAAUCUUACAAAUAUUCAUUAUGUCCUUGUUGUAUGCAAUACGUUCUAAAAAAGUGAGGAAAUCAGUCUUAGGGGAUUUAAAGUUAAGAACUUUAGCAUGUAGGUAGUAUUUGAAAAUAAUUGAGGACAUAGAUAGUAUGAGCAUGGAAAGGCCACAAAUAACUUUCAAACCGUGGUUUGUUGGAGAUUUCUAGCUUUCUUUGAGGUUGAUUGUAGGUAGUAAAAUUGACCCAGCUUGAGUUUCUUUUUAUUUUAGGGAAAUGUAUUGAAUUUGCAUCAUAUUUACUAUAAGACUUGGUUUGCUAGAGAACAUUAAAUUUAAAUUUUAACGUAUCGUCCUUCUCUUUAAAGGAUUUCUACGAUUGCUAAGGAAGCACAAUACAUACACAUGAAACAGGAUAAUAGUGGAAUAUAAAAUUGUGCAAAAUAUGAACUCUCCAUGGACAAGAGAACUUGACAGUGGGAAGGGCAUUUGGUGCCAUGGUUAAGAUGCUGUUUUGGGACACCUGCAUUUCAUAGCGGAGUGCCUGGGUUCAAGCUCCCACUUACAGCUUCCUGAUAAUGCCCUCCGGGCAGCAGGUGAUGGCUCAAGUAGUUGGGUACCUGUCACCCUUGUGGGAGGCUUAGGUUGAGUCUUUGGCUCCUGGCCUCAGCAUGGCCAUUGUGGUACUUGGGGAGUAAACCAGCAGAUGAGAACUCUCUUUCUCUGAAAAUAAAUAAAUGCAAGUUUAGAGUACUUGACAGAAACAGAGACCUUGGGUUGACAUUCAGGUUGCAAUUUAGUAGUUGUGAAUAUAUAGUUUUCCUCUUUCUAAACUGGGCAUAGCUUUAUCUAGCUCAUAAGAUUUGUUGCAAGGACUGAAUAAGUUGGUUCACUUGAAAGUGGUUUUAUGCUUUAUGAUGGAGACCACACAAACCCUGGGAGGUGGGAGGUAGGGAAGAAUGCACUCUUGGGCAGCUGUUUUUGAGGAUUGUGUCUUCAGUGUCUUUGUGUCCCCAGUAUCUGGUGCUAUGCCUGGCUCAGAGAAGAGGCUUAGCAAAUGCUUGUAAAUAUGAGCAUGCCAGGUACUGUGGUAAGCCCUAUAUAGCAGGUUAUAUUUAAGUCUUCACGGAGAGUCUUGUGUGGUAGGGAUAUGGUCUCCAUUUCACAGGUGAGGAAACAGAAGAGCGAUUUGAAGCCACUCUCAACCUCAUGCACACGGAAAGUGGUAGAGUCAGGAUAGGAAGUUAAAUCCUUCCAGCACCCACACUUGGACUCCAUUCAUUAUCUGGUGUGGGCUCUCAGAAGUAAGGGAAUCAUCAUUUCUCCUGAACAAUAGUGUGGCAAACAUGGCAAGCAGAGACCUUGGAUAGUUUACCAGCUGUCCAGGCAGCUUGAGGGCCAGGUUCAGAGAGGUUGGGGAGCCCUUCCCUGAGCUUCCUGACGCAUUUGACAUGGCCUUUUGUGAAGCUGUCAGUUCUGAUUUCUGCCCUUUGAAGUAAGAUGCACAAUAGUGAGGAAAUACCAUAGAAUAUGCCAUAACCUGGACUUGUCAUAGGCACAGAAGAGAAACGAAGAGCAGGGAAGAACUUGCAGACAAUGAAGUGGUUAACCAAUGCCUGGGGUUGGCUUUGGUAUAGCUACCAGCAGCCUUCCCCGCCAUGCCUCCUUCUUUCUCUGUCUCUCACUCUCUCUGCACUUGCACUCCUAGAUCUGGUGAGGCGUACAAUUUUCACUCUCUUCCCUGCUAAGGGAGAUGAGGAAGAAAGAAAGCCCACUCUGACCAGCGUGUUCCAUACUUGUCAUUGUUUGUCCACCCUUACUACGCCCAUGGCCUCGUUACAGCAGUGGGUUCAAAAUCAAAUCUCCAGUCUCUACAAUAGGAGGCAGAAUACAGAAUAUGUGACCACUUUCCCAAUACUAUAUUAUUUUCCUAUUUAAAUUUCUGAGGAAUACCAGAAGAGCCUUAAAUAUGCAGGUUUAUGUAGAAACAGAGGGAAAUACAUUUUAAAGGUUUGGAUCCAUUUUUUAAAAAAUUCUGUUAAAAUAUGGUAUGCAGUGGGUCAGGGCAGCAGAGCCGGCUGAGUCCAGGGAAUCCUUACGCUGUUGCCCAAGCCCAGCCUGCCACAGUGUUUGGUUUCUAGGCACUGCCCUAAACUACCCCCCGGGUGGGGAAGCACCGGUCAUGCUCCCCCCUGACCUGUGCUAAGUCUGCUGGGUUGAAUUGUGUGAAGUUGUCAAAGGUUGCUCUGCUCCCCAGCACUUGGCACCAGCUCGGCUGAAAUGUGAUGCCAUUGGUUUUCAGUAAAGGUUCCCUUCUGCAGGCUGCAAACACAGAUCAGCUGCUACUGUGUAGACACAACCAGGGAGCAAAUCAACCAGCACAUUUCAAGCAGCCUUUUUAACCCUGAGACUUUCCAAGAUCUCCUCUUCACACAGGAAGUUUCCUGCUCUGUUGUCAGCUUUAGCACUGUGCUCUUGUCAUCAGAUCCGAGCUAGGCUCCCUGCUGCACACUAGAGAGGCUUCCUUUAAGACAUUUGUCCUUGAAACUGCACCAAACUCUUGGAAGAACCCAGAACGUAGCUGACAAUUUACUGGUUCAUCAAUGAAACAAUAUUAAAUUAUGAAGAUGUAAGGAAAAAAUCCUCCGCUAACAUUGUUGCAGUUUGAAAGGAAUUGUCUGGAAGUGUGCUGAAGAGUCAUGCUUGCCAGUCCCGUACACUUCCUGUCUUACCUGGUUCCAUGCUUGGCUUUAGAAGGUGACCAACAAGGAGACAAGUGAAGAGGGGGAUUUUUUGCACCUGCCCAGGUGGCCUCUUCUGCAUUAGGGCCCUAGGGCUGGCUUCUCUGCAGAAUGUCAAACAAAGAUCGGCACAUUGAUUCCAGCUGUUCGUCCUUCAUCAAGACGGAACCCUCCAGCCCAGCCUCCCUGACGGACAGCGUCAACCACCACAGCCCUGGUGGCUCCUCAGACGCCAGUGGGAGCUACAGUUCAACCAUGAAUGGCCAUCAGAACGGACUCGACUCGCCACCUCUCUACCCUUCUGCUCCUAUCCUGGGAGGUAGCGGACCUGUCAGGAAACUGUACGAUGACUGCUCCAGCACCAUUGUCGAAGACCCCCAGACCAAGUGCGAAUACAUGCUCAACUCGAUGCCCAAGAGACUGUGUUUAGUUUGUGGUGACAUCGCUUCUGGGUACCACUAUGGGGUGGCGUCGUGUGAAGCCUGCAAGGCAUUCUUCAAGAGGACAAUUCAAGGAAACAUAGAAUAUAGCUGCCCUGCCACGAAUGAGUGUGAAAUCACAAAGCGCAGACGUAAAUCCUGCCAGGCUUGCCGCUUCAUGAAGUGUUUAAAAGUGGGCAUGCUCAAAGAAGGGGUACGUCUUGACAGAGUACGUGGAGGUCGGCAGAAGUACAAGCGCAGAAUAGAUGCGGAGAACAGCCCCUACCUGAACCCUCAGCUGGUACAGCCAGCCAAAAAGCCAUAUAACAAGAUUGUCUCACAUUUGUUGGUGGCUGAACCGGAGAAGAUCUAUGCCAUGCCUGACCCGACCGUCCCCGACAGUGACAUCAAAGCCCUCACUACACUGUGUGACUUGGCCGACCGAGAGUUGGUGGUUAUCAUUGGAUGGGCGAAGCAUAUUCCAGGCUUCUCCACCCUGUCCCUGGCGGACCAGAUGAGCCUUCUGCAGAGUGCGUGGAUGGAAAUUUUGAUCCUUGGUGUCGUAUACCGAUCUCUAUCGUUUGAAGAUGAACUUGUCUAUGCAGAUGAUUAUAUAAUGGACGAAGACCAGUCCAAAUUAGCAGGCCUUCUUGACCUCAAUAAUGCUAUUCUGCAGCUGGUAAAGAAAUACAAGAGCAUGAAGCUGGAGAAAGAAGAAUUUGUCACCCUCAAAGCUAUAGCUCUUGCUAAUUCAGACUCCAUGCACAUAGAAGACGUAGAAGCCGUGCAGAAGCUUCAGGAUGUCUUGCACGAGGCCCUGCAGGAUUACGAGGCUGGCCAGCACAUGGAAGACCCACGCCGAGCCGGCAAGAUGCUGAUGACGCUGCCGCUGCUCAGGCAGACCUCCACCAAGGCCGUGCAGCACUUCUACAACAUCAAACUCGAAGGCAAAGUCCCCAUGCACAAACUUUUUUUGGAAAUGCUGGAGGCCAAGGUCUGACUAAAAGCUUCCUGGGCCUUCCCAUCCUGCACGUCGAAAAAAGGGAAAAUAAACCCAAGAGUGAUGUCGAAGAAAUGUAGAGUUUAGUUAACAACAUCAAAAACCAACCAAGACUGCACUGAUAUUUUAGCAGCAAGACUGUGAAGCAGCCUUCAGACUCCUGCGUCUUCCUGACGAUUUCUACUUUUUCGCUCAUCUUUUCUCCCUUUCUUUCAUUUCUCUUCCUCUCCAGUUUGUUUUCUCCCUGCCUUCUUCCCCCCUCCCUGUUUCUUGGCUUCCUUCAUUCGUGGUUUCUUCUUCCCCUCAUUUCCUUCCUUCCUUCUUUCUGCUCGCCUGCCCUCCCUCCCCCCUUUCCUUCCUUCCUCCCUCCCUCCCUCCUCUUCCUCUUUUCUCAUUUUCCCUUUUUCUUCUAAAUUUUAAAUGGUUCUAGUUGCAAGAAAUAUUUCCUUCCUCCCCUCCCCUCCCCUCCCCUCCCCUCUCCUCCCCUCCCCUCCCCUCUCCUUUCCUCUCCUCUCCUCACUUCUCCUCUCCCCUUCUCUUCCCUGCCUUUCCCCUCCCUCCCUUUCUGUUCCUAUCCUUCCUGCUGCUGCUGAACUUUUAGAAGAAGUCUAACAGAGAGUGGUGGAAGCCAGCCCUGCCAAAGGAUGGAGAUCCAUUGUAUGGAUGCCAGUGACCUUAGCGUGAACCAUAGCGUCCCCAAUGACUGAGGAAUCAAAGCGAGAGAACCAACGCACCUAGAAGUACAGUGCAACACAAACGAAUUGACUGAUGCAGUAUUAGGCUUCACGGGAGCAGCCUCUGAUUAGACAACCUCAGCCACGUUGCAUCGGCUGCUGCUUAUCAUUGCUUUUCCAUCUAGAUCAGUUACAGCCAUUUGAUUCCUUAAUUGUUUUUCAAGUCUUCCAGGUAUUUGUUAGUUUAGCUACUAUGUAACUUUUUCAGGGAAUAGUUUAAGCUUUAUUCAUUCAUGCAAUACUAAAGAGAAAUAAGAAUACUGCAAUUUUGUGCUGGCUUUGAACAAUUAUGAACAAUUAUGAUGAAGGACAAAUGAAUCCUGAAGGAAGAUUUUUAAAAAUGUUUCGUUUCUUCUUACAAAUGGAGAUUUUUUUGUACCAGCUUUACCACUUUUCAGCCAUUUAUUAAUAUGGGAAUUUAACUUACUCAAGCAAUAGUUGAAGGGAAGGUGCAUAUUAUCACGGAUGCAAUUUAUGUUGUGUGCCAGUCUGGUCCCAAACAUCAAUUUCUUAACAUGAGCUCCAGUUUACCUAAAUGUUCACUGACACAAAGGAUUAGAUUACACCUACAGUGACUCGGCGUAGUCACGCCUGUAAGCACUGCACAUCGAACACUGAUCCGUAGAGUUAUCACAAGUGCACCUCUCUACCGGGAGGUCCAGUUGCCAUAUUAUUUCUAGCUGCCUCGGUGGUUAGGAGUGAGAUUCUGCCUAUUUGCAAAGUUGCAGACCUUGUCUCAGAAGGAGCUGUGAGCCAGUAUUCAUUGAAGAGGCAAUAAGGCAAAUGCCAGAAUUAAAAAAAAAAUAUCAAAGACAGCAGACGCCUGACCAAAUUCUAAAACCUGAUCCAUAUGAGUUUAUUCAUUUAGAAAUGUUUGUUUAAAUUAAUCUGCGGUUUUUUACCAAGAGCUAAGCCAAUAUAUGUGCUUUUCCACCAGUGUUGUCACAGCAUGAAAGUAAGUCAGGUUUCAGACUGUUGAGGUGUAAUCUAAUGAAGAAAUCAAUUAGAUGCCCCCGAAAUCUACAGUCGCUGAAUAACCAAUAAACAGUAACCUCCAUCCAAUGCUAUACCAAUGGACCAGUGUUAGUAGCUGCUCCCUGUACUAUGUGAACAGUCUUAUUCUAUGUACACAGAUGUAAUUAAAAUUGUAAUCCUAACAAACAAAAGAAAUGUAGUUCAGCUUUUCAAUGUUUCAUGUUUGCUGUGCUUUUCUGAAUUUUAUGUUGCAUUCAAAGACUGUUGUCUUGUUCUUGUGGUGUUUGGAUUCUUGUGGUGUGUGCUUUUAGACACAGGGUAGAAUUAGAGACAAUAUUGGAUGUACAAUUCCUCAGGAGACUACGGUAGUAUAUUCUAUUCCUUACCAGUAAUAAGGUUCUUCCUAUUAAUAAUUAAGAGAUUGAAACUCCAAACAAGUAUUCAUUAUGAACAGAUACACAUCAAAAUCAUAAUAUUUUCAAAACAAGGAAUAAUUUCUCUAAUGGUUUAUUAUAGAAUACCAAUGUAUAGCUUAGAAAUAAAACUUUGACUAUUUCAAGAAUAUAGAUAAGUCUAAUUUUUAAAUGCUGUAUAUAUAUGGCUUUCACUCAAUCAUCUCUCAGAUGUUGUUAUUAACUCGCUCUGUGUUGUUGCAAAACUUUUUGGUGCGGACUCGUUUCCAAAACUAUUGCUACUUUGUGUGCUUUAAACAAAAUACCUUGGGUUGAUCUUUCAUCAUCCCAGUGCUAGGAAUACUGUGUAUCUAUCAUUAGCUAUAUGGGACUAUAUUGUAGAUUGUGGUUUCUCAGUAGAGAAGUGACUGUAGUGUGAUUCUAGAUAAAUCAUCAUUAGCAAUUCAUUCAGAUGGUCAAUAACUUGAAAUUUAUAGCUGUGAUAGGAGUUCAGAAAUUGGCACAUCCCUUUACAAAUAACAGCAGAAAAUACAACUCCUGGGAAAAAAAAAGGUGCUGAUUCUAUAAGAUUAUUUAUGUAUGUAGGUGUUCAAAAAAGAUUAUUUUCCAGAAAGUUUGUGCAGGGUUUAAUUUGCUACUGUUCAGCUACACUAUAUAUAAAUAAAAUAUAGACAAUAUAUACAUUGUUUUCGCUGUAUCACAUUAAAGUACUUGGGCUUCAGAGGUAAGAGGCAGCCAGCUGAAAACAGGAGAUGGAGAUGAGAUACAGUUUUAGUUUUCAGUUUAAUUAACACUCUGCAUUACAAAAGAAUAAGUAUUUCACAAAUAGGAAUCAAACACUAAAAUUAGAUCUAAAAGAACUGCACGGGCUUUAGGGUUAAAUGCUCAUCUUAAACCUCUCUGGAGGAUACUUUUUCAAGAUUAAAGCAAGACCAGUUACUUAAUGUGAACUUUUGGGAAGUUAUAAAGGUGUAUGUUUUAGUCAUAUGAUUUUAAUUUUUAUUUUGCUUCUUUUAGGUUUGUUCUUAUUUAAAGCAAUAUGAUUGUGUGUGACUCCUUGUAGUUACACUUGUGUUUCAAUCAGAUCAGAUUGUUGUAUUUAUUCCACUAUUUUGCAUUUAAAUGAUAACAUAAAAGAUAUAAAAAAUUUAAAACUGCUAUUUUUCUUAUAGAAGAGAAAAUGGGUGUUGGUGAUUGUAUUUUAAUUAUUUAAGCGUCUCUGUUUACCUGCCUAGGAAAACAUUUUAUGGCAGUCUUAUGUGCAAAGAUCGUAAAAGGACAAAAAAAAUUUAAACUGCUUAUAAUAAUCCAGGAGUUGCAUUAUAGCCAGUAGUAAAAAAAUAAUAAUAAUAAUAAAACCAUGUCUAUAGCUGUAGAUGGGCUUCACAUCUGUAAAGCAAUCAAUUGUAUAUUUUUGUGAUGUGUACCAUACUGUGUGCUCCAGCAAAUGUCCAUUUGUGUAAAUGUAUUUAUUUUAUAUUGUAUAUAUUGUUAAAUGCAAAAAGGAGAUAUGAUUCUGUAACUCCAAUCAGUUCAGAUGUGUAACUCAAAUUAUUAUGCCUUUCAGGAUGAUGGUAGAGCAAUAUUAAACAAGCUUCCACUUUUGA